GUGUCGCGGCUAUUUAAAUGCCGCAGCAGUCGCGCUUGAUCUAGCAUACGCCACGUCGCCACAAUAUGAUGGACCUUUUCGAGACCAACGCGUACCUCUUCAACGAUUUGCGCUACUUGGACGACGGCGACCAUGGUGCGCUGCAGCACUUGGACAUGGCGGACGUGUCGCCGCUCUACCAACCCGCAGGCGCCGAGGACGACGACAGCCCGCCAUCGCCCGGCCGGGAGCGGGCGGCAUCCGAGACGGGCGAGGACAGCAGCGGCGAGGAGCACGUCCUGGCGCCGCCCGGCCUGCGCGCCCACUGCGAGGGUCAGUGCCUGAUGUGGGCCUGCAAGGUAUGCAAGGUAUGCAAGAGGAAGUCAGCGCCCACCGACCGCCGGAAGGCCGCCACGCUGCGCGAGCGGCGGCGCCUCAAGAAGAUCAACGAGGCUUUCGACGCGCUCAAGAGGAAGACGGUGGCCAACCCCAACCAGAGGCUGCCCAAGGUGGAGAUCUUGCGCAGCGCCAUCAGCUACAUCGAGAGGCUGCAGGAGCUACUGCACAGUCUGGAUGAACAGGACCACUCCGCUAAAGAAGAAACUGCGAUUGCUUCUGGAAACCAUUGGAAAAAGUCCUGCGAGACCUGGACCAAUGCAGCCGACCAUUCCAGCGCCGGAUCGGUGAUCCCGAGGGAGGGGUCCAGCGAGUCUUCGGCGUCCUGCAGCCUUCUGCGUCUGUCGUCUAUCGUGGACAGCAUCAGCAGCGGCGGCGACAACAACGCCGCUUCGGAAAAAUAAUUUCCCAGAGUUUCUCCCAUCUUUAUCUUGGUGUACAUAUUUUAUAACGGUCACAAUUCAGAUGUAUUUAUUUUAUAAUCGAGUGAGGACAAACAAAGGAAGCGGUUGGACUAUUUAAUAAUUUAUACAUAAAAAUAAACGGCUUCUUUUG